AUGGCCACGACGGUGAUGAUGUCGCAGCUGCUCAAUUGCAGUAUUCCUAUCUGGCCUACACAACUCAGGCGGUACACCGAAAUGGCAUGGUCACCGACAAUUCUGGAUGUCAGCUGCUUUGUUGAGAACAUCAGCCGCUCGCAAACUGCAGAAAAUAUACCACUAAAGCCGGAGGGAUCAGACGGAUGUGUGGACAUUGAGGACGUUGGUAUGGACGUCGACGCGGACAUUGAGCACGUUGAGGACGUUGGUAUGGAAGUCGACGCAAACAUUGAUGCGGACAUUGGUAUGGACGUCGACGCGGACGUUGAGCACGUUGAUAUGGACGUCGACGCAAAAGUUGAUGCGGACGUCGUAAUGGAAAUACUCGAGUCGCCGGAGGAGGGAUCAGAUGGAUGGAUGGAUGUUGAUGCGAACAUUGAUGUGGACAUGGAAAUGCUUGAGCCGGAGGACGAAACAGACUGGUGUAUGGACAUCGAUGUGCACAUCGCCUCGCGUAACAACAAAGGCAGAUGCAGAUUUGAACUUUGGUUUUACACUUGUCCUGGCGUCCUGACUUGUCUAUACGGAUACAUACCACACCCCACUCUUAUAUUUGCCCACCCUAGAGAUGUCAUUCAGCGUUCAGACGUGCGGAAGAGCACAUGGUAUACAAUACUUGUGGGAGGCCGAUCCUGUAGAAACUUGAACAAUCACUGCCAUGCUGUGGCGUUGGCCCUGGAUGAUCGCAAACUCCCCGUACAUGUGCAGGCCAAGUCAAGGACGCUGUCUCUCCGCAAGUCGGCAAGGUCGUGCAAGUGGUUGUUUCAGAUCUUCUUAGACUCUCCGAUGAGACAGAUCUCAACAUCCUCAAUCACAGCAUGA